CCCAUCAUUGGUGUCAGUGGAAGGAAUAGUGCCCCAUCAUUGGUGUCAGUGGGGAGGAGGAAUAGUGCCCCAUAGUUGGUGUCAGUGGGAGGAAUAGUACUCCAUCAUUAGUAUCAGUGGCAGGAAUUGCGCCCCAUCAUUGGUGUCAGGGAGUAAUAGCGCCCCAUCAUUGGUAUCAGUGGGAGGAAUAGCGCCCCAUCAUUGGUAUCAGUGGAAGGAAUAGUGCCCCAUCAUUGGUGUCAGUGGCGAGGAGGAAUAGUGCCCCAUCGUUGGUGUCAGUGGGGGAGGAAUAGUGCCCCAUCAUUGGUGUCAUGGGGGAAGAACAGUGCCUCAUCAUUGGUGUCAGUGGGGGAGGAACAGUGCCUCAUUGUUGGUGUCAGUGUGGAGGAGGAAUAGUGCCCCAUCGUUACUGUCAGUGGGGGAGGAACAGUGCCUCAUCGUUGCUGUUAGUGUGGAGGAGGAAUAGUGCCCCAUCGUUAGUGUCAGUGGGGGAGGGGAGCUGCUGCUCCUUCUUU